GUUUAAUUUGAUCGCGCGAGCCAAUGGAAAUCGGGGAAACAUGGUCAGCAUACGGUGGAACCCGGGAAUGGCAGUGUGAGCUAGACCGGGGUGGGACCGCGCAGCAGGCGAUCCAGUAACCGAGGUUUCCGUGAUGUCAUCGGCGUGCGCCGGAAAGCAGGGCUCACACGGUGCACGCCCGGAGCUGGCGGGGAGGAUGGCCGGCUUCGCGGAGCUUGGGCUGUCAUCGUGGCUUGUGGAACAAUGUCGGCAGCUGGGUUUGAAGCAGCCCACGCCUGUACAGCUCGGCUGCAUCCCCGCCAUCCUGGAGGGUCGGGACUGCUUGGGCUGUGCCAAGACAGGCAGUGGCAAGACAGCAGCAUUUGUCCUGCCCAUCUUGCAGAAGCUGUCUGAGGAUCCCUAUGGCAUCUUCUGCCUUGUCCUGACACCCACCAGGGAGCUGGCCUACCAGAUUGCAGAGCAGUUCCGGGUCCUGGGGAAGCCUUUGGGCCUGAAAGACUGCAUCAUUGUCGGCGGCAUGGAUAUGGUGGCCCAGGCCCUGGAGCUCUCCCGGAAACCACACGUGGUCAUUGCCACACCAGGGCGCCUGGCUGACCACCUCCGGAGCUCCAACACUUUUAGCAUAAAGAAGAUCCGUUUCCUGGUGAUGGAUGAGGCUGACCGGCUGCUGGAGCAGGGCUGCACGGAUUUCACCGUGGACCUGGAGGCCAUCCUGGCAGCCGUGCCCACUCGUAGGCAGACACUGCUCUUCAGUGCCACACUGACUGACACACUCAAAGAGCUUCAGGGACUGGCCACCAACCAGCCCUUCUUUUGGGAGGCUCAGGCCCCGGUGCGUACAGUGGAGCAGCUGGACCAGCGCUACCUGUUGGUGCCUGAGAAGGUCAAGGACGCCUAUCUGGUCCACCUGAUUCAGAACUUCCAGGAUGAGCACGAGGACUGGUCCAUCAUCAUCUUUACCAACACGUGCAAGACCUGCCAGAUCCUGUGCAUGAUGCUGCGUAAAUUCAACUUCCCCACUGUGGCUCUGCAUUCCAUGAUGAAACAGAAAGAACGCUUUGCUGCCCUGGCCAAAUUCAAGUCCAGCAUCUACAGGAUCCUGAUUGCAACAGACGUGGCCUCCCGGGGCCUGGACAUUCCCACAGUGCAGGUGGUUAUCAACCACAACACGCCUGGGCUGCCGAAGAUCUACAUACACCGAGUUGGCCGGACAGCCCGUGCAGGGCGGCAGGGACAGGCCAUCACACUGGUAACGCAGUAUGACAUCCACCUUGUACAUGCCAUCGAGGAGCAGAUCAAGAAGCAGCUGGAGGAGCUCUCAGUGGAGGAGGCCAAGGUGCUGCAGAUCCUCACGCAGGUCAAUGUGGUGCGGAGGGAGUGUGAAAUUAAACUGGAGGCGGCCAACUUUGACGAAAAGAAGGAGAUCAACAAGCGGAAGCAGCUGAUCUUGGAGGGGAAGGACCCUGAUCUAGAAGCCAAACGCAAGGCUGAGCUGGCCAAGAUCAAGCAGAAGAACCGGCGCUUCAAGGAGAAGGUGGAGCAGGCGCUACAGCGGCAGAAAGCCAGCAGGGCUGGCCAUGGGGGGCGUCCACCCGGGGGGCGUCCACCCAGGGCCCCACCUGAAGCUCACUCAGCCCCAGCGCCCAUCCACGGCCAGCCCUGAGCGCCACAUGGUCAUGUGCCUAGCCUGGGAUUCCUCCCCAGAACGGACAGUCGGAGGGCCCCUCCACUCCCCUGGACCUGCACAGUCGCUGUCAGUGGGACCCAAGACACCCAUGUUGUGCACUGCACAGCUCUUCCACCCUGCAGCUCCCAGCUGGCCCCUUCUCAGAGCCUCUGCCAAGCAUCAGGCUACAGAGAAGGAAAGAACACUGACUACAAGUUUGGACCCAACUCCAUACACAGUGACGCUGGUCACCUCGGUUGGGAGGGCAGGGGGAUGCUACAGGGCCCCAGAGCAAAGGCAUGUUGCUUGCCAGGAGUCACUUAAUAAAUGGGUCUCUCAGCUUC